AUGAAACACAUUAGUCCUUUUGAAAGAAAACCGAUAAUCAAUUUAGGAAAUGGUGUUUAUGAAGUUGCACUUACUCAAAGUGAAAAACAAAAAGAUUUGUUAUUGGCUAAAAGAGCAUCAACGGAAAGAGAUUCUGCACAACAGUCAUUUUUAUUCCGUAUUUUAGUUGAUAACGGUUUUACAAUUUUUUUAAAGAAAUUAUAUAAAAAAGGAAAGACUACAUCACAACUGUUUGUAGUUGAAUCAAUUACUCGUGAUGGUAAAAGUUAUUUUGAAGAAGUUAUUCCUGACAACUCAUCAGAAGAUAAAAAAAAGAAAAGACGAAAUGCUGAUGCAAAAACAAAUGACUGUCUUAUUAAAAUUGCUUCAGACUAUUGUUGGGCUUGUUUUGAAUUUAAAAAAGGAAAACCAAGUGUUGUAUGCUCACAAAUGAAACGAAUCCAAAACGCACAAAUAGGUUCAAAAGUCUAUGGAUCAAGUCUUAUCUUACAAGAAGGAAAAAAAAUGAAUCAACACAUAUUAUCAAUAAUGUCUUCAAAAGGAUGUAUUCUUUCUCCUGAACAAAGCCUUGUUGAAUGUUAUAGAAUUUAG